CUCAGUGUCCGUGUGCAGACCGCGCGUGGCGCAGAGGAGACUGAAAACAAAAAUACACACUUUGGGUCCGAGCCGUCGUCGUGGUGAUGAGCAGUAAUGAGUGUUUCGGCUGCGGCCGCAGUGGCCACUGGGUGAAGAACUGUCCUGGCGCCGGCAGGGGGCGGGGCAAAGGACGAGGGCGGGGCAAAGAUCUGUUCUGUUAUCGAUGCGGUGAACUCGGACACGUCGCCAGAGACUGUGAGAGGACUGAGGACGCCUGUUAUAACUGUGGCAGAGGAGGUCACAUCUCCAGAGACUGUAAGGAGCCCAAAAAGGAGCGUGAGCAGCUCUGUUAUAACUGUGGAAAGGCAGGUCACAUGGCGCGGGACUGUAACCACGCCCACGAGCAGAAAUGUUACUCUUGCGGCGGCUUCGGACACAUUCAGAAGUGCUGCGAGAAGGUCAAAUGUUACAGGUGCGGUGAGAUCGGACACGUGGCCGUCCACUGCAGUAAGGCGUCCGAGUUGAACUGCUAUAACUGUGGGAAGUCGGGUCAUUUGGCCAAAGAGUGCACCAUUGAAGCCACGGCCUAACCUGCCCCGGCCACCUGACCCCGGCCCAACCCCUGACCUUUCAUCCUCUUCUUUAUUUCUCUUUCUCUUACACUUUCCCUCUGAUCCUCCUUUUCUCAUUGGCCCGGAGGCCUGUCAGUCAGCCUCGGAGCAGCCAAUCAGAGCAGCUGAAGGAGGAGAAGAGGCGGACACUAAACAGAAUCCACUUCCUGCGUGUUUUUAGUUUGGUAGUGAUCGAUGUCAUGACGUACAAAGCUUUGUUUAAGAAUCCUUUCUGCCCAGCCGAUCGGCUGAGAGAGUAGACUGAAGUAAUCACAGAGUUAAGCCCCUCCCCACAGGCCCAGAGUGGGCGGGGCCAUAAUAGAGGGAAAGGGGAGGAGAGUUUGUUUCUUCACUUUAUUUUCUUUUUUUCUGGACUAAAAACAAAGUUUGUCCGAAAGAAACAUGAUUGGCUCUGCCUCCAGCUAACAGCCAGUCACCUCAGAGACAUGGCCGCUUCGUUACCACAAGAGGAAGGAAGGAGCCAAUCAGAGCAGCCGUCAAAAGGAACAUUUUAAUUCACAUUUUAAAGGUGCGUUUUGUUGCUGUUUGGACCAACGGAGCAACGCACAGAUGGAGAUGAAAACUACAAAGAAAACACAUUAAAAAAAAAAAAAAACAACAAUUUUAAGUUUGGAGGAGAAUGUUUUCACAAAAAUCAAAAUGUUAUUUUUGUACAAUAUAUCACGUAGAGCUACUGUAAAAAUGUCAUUUGGUUGUACUGCAGACUGUAAAACAAUAAAAACAUGGAGGAGGACGAGGACGGAGCGAGA